CUAUUUAUCCACACCGGCCUUUCAUGUCCGGAAACUCAGUCUACAAAAUUAUACAUGUUACCUAUACCAAAAAAGUUUUUGUGAGAGGAAUUCGUUGAAUGGCUAACUAGCUUAUUAAAGUCUUCCUGCUGCGGUGGUGUUAUUUCUAUUUUUUUCAAUGAAUUUGGUAUAUGAUCCUCCUAUAUUCCGGGGGAAUGUGGAUCAUGAUCUAACUGUCCUUCAGCAAGUUGCCUGAAUGUUCCCUCGAGUGGGAUGCUGGAAAAUCUCACUUCCAUUUAUCUGGACUAUUUGAGACUUGUUACCUCCAUGCAACUGCAAACUGCGCAUGAACUGAGUUACGCAAAGUGAUUGUUCCACCCAUUGCAUAUCACGUCAUGACGUACAGUACACCAUGUUGUAUCCAACCUGAGAAUGAUAGUUUUAACGUAACUUAAUGACCCGGUAAGCUUUCGGCUAGGUUCUAUGUUGUCUAUGGCUAUAGAUAUUUUUGAUAACACGCAACCAGUAAAGCUGAUGUGAUGGCAAAGCAGUUGAUUCAUGAUGGCAAAUCUUGACGUACUUGGUCGUUCAUUUGCACCUGAGUGUUGAUAAUUGUAGAGUUUCAGAAGUCUUCACUGGCACUUAUCCCACAGUUUCAACUGUCCAAGGACUUGAAUAACUGAAAAUUGGUCUGCUAGGGGACACCGCGAUCAUACUUCACAUCGUGACAGCACUGGGCUGAAGAUCUGUUCAGAUCAUUUGACUCAAUAACAGAAGAUGUGUAGUUUUUUAUGGGUGUUAGGAUAUGUUUACAAAGAAGUGUUUUUAAGUAUAAACCCCCGUACUCAAUUAAUCUUUGGCGCAGGAUAACAUUGCAAUGUCCAUACUAUCAUGGCUGAUGGACGGCGUCUCAUUUCAUUUCCUAGCUGUGACAAGUGUUCUCUUCUUGUCUCCAAGAAGAGCUCGCUGAUCCAUCAUGGCAUCACAAUCAUACAUUUUCCUCCGUCACUAUUGCUUUCCAAUCCAGAAUUUUUCCCCGCCUUCAUUUUACAGACUUGUCACAACUCACAAUGCCGACCUCGAUGCUGAGGCAGCAGAUUAAAAUGGAGAAGGCACUUUCUUAACAUUGUUCCCUCAUGUGACAUGCACCUUUACUUGAAAUCUGUUAGUUCACCACCAAAGGGUUUGCUUUUGUUUAUAUGGAAGAUGAAAGAGAUGCAGAGGAUGCUAUUCGUGGACUUGACCGAAUAGAAUUUGGCAGAAAGGGUCGCAGACUUCGCAUUGAGUGGUCAAAG